AUGAAAGAGGAAGAAAUUCUCAAUAUAUAUCCAACAGAUUCACCAUUAUUCUACAUUGCGUGGGACAAGAUUGAUGAACUUAAGCGUAAAUUCCCAAAUCUUGAUGUUAAUAAAUAUAUUCAGCCAGAAUACCCACUUAAUUGUGCUAUUCAAUACGGAUCAGAAUUGUGCUUCAAUUACUUGAAAAAUUUAGGAGCUGAAUAUAAUAAAACCUCAGAGAAAUAUGCUGUUCAAGGUGGAAACAUAAACAUUUUUAUGCAAAUGAUCGAAGAUGGUAAAUUAUUUGCUAACAUGAUUAAUACAGCAUUGGAUUAUCAUAAUUUUGAAAUUGCUGACUACCUCAAAUCAAAUUUCGGACAAACUCCUAAUUCAAUAGCAGAAUGUAUGUAUUUUGGAAAUUAUAACGUUGCUUCGUUUUUACUUUCUAAUGGAGCAGAUAUCAACGAAGUUUACAUUAUUUUUCUUUUUAUACUUUGCAUCGUUUUGUGGAAUUCACUUUCUUCCUAUAAUAUUUUUUGUUGUUUCAUGAAAUUUUUUAUUUAUUAA